CUCCGUUUCCCCAUUUGCACCCAACAGCUCAAUAAAACACCGACCUGAGGAAGCGUCUUCAAACGCUAGUUAGUAUGUGCAAAUUCCAGGGCGAGCCAGUUAAUCAUAAAACAUGCACCUAGAAAUCCAGCGAGCCUCCUCCCCGUACCAGUAGCACUGCCACAUGACCUGUACAGCAGGAAGUAGACCCACAGAAACCCCGUAUACAGCAGAAAUUUGGCUCUCUCACACUUUUCGGCACUUGUUAGGUCUUGUUGGAAGAAGGAGACGAGAAAAUUAGGAAGAUGUACUGGAGACUUUUCGUUAUGACAUUUGCACUUGCCGUGCUUGGAAGUACGAGUGCUGUAGAAACGGGAGGAUGCUCUUUGCUGUCCACCUGCGGGGAAUGUCAGAGGAACAAUCAGUGUAACUGGCUGCAGUGCAAAAAUUCAACAAAUUCUGAUUACCUGACUGGUUCUUGUGUGAAUGCCAGCGAGGCACUUGGGAAUACUACUGCGGAGUCCUGUGAGCGGGUAGCAAAUGGCUCAUGUGCAGAACUUGUAACUGACACCACCACUGCCUCAGUUGCCCCCACUGGCCAUGCUACCCCCACCGUCCAUGUGACCACAGUCAAUGGCACCACCAUAGCUCCAACCACAGGUUCUGCAAAUGCAUCUACAACCGCAGCGGGUCCCAGCGUUGCUCCAACUCAGAAUGGCACUGUAACAACAGUCUCUCCCACCACAAACAGCAGCAGCACCACCACCACACCCGCAGUGCAGCCCACUGCGGCCCCGCAGAAGAAGUCCACCUUCGAUGCGGCCAGCUUCAUCGGCGGCAUCGUGCUGGUGCUGGGACUGCAGGCGGUGGUCUUCUUCCUCUACAAGUUCUGCAAGUCCAAGGACCGCAACUACCACACCCUCUAAUCGCGGCCCUGCGGCCAUCUCCCCCAGCAGCCAGUCCUGCCCUACGCAAACUGUCCCACUCCUUUCAAACAGUGUUUCCGAGCGCUUGCUGUCCUGACGCCGUGCCGUGUGCAGCCUGUGGAUCUGACCUUAGCUCUGAGGUAGGUCACGACCUGGAUGCAGUCUUUCCACAAGCUGCACAUGCAAGGCAAGGCUGUCAGACUAUGGUGACAUCAUGACUGGCUCUAGAGCAGAGAUACUUAAGCUGAUUGGCAGAAUAGAUUGCGUCUCCUUUCAACCCAGCCUCUCCAGUACCCUGUCUGACUGCAGAGGCCCCAACUUAAAAUGAACAAGUGCUGACCGAAACGCUUAUAUUUGCUCCCCAGCGGACCGUCCCUUCAGCACUUCAUUUAAGAGUCAUUUGCAUAAAAGCCUGAGGGGGUUGGUGUGGAAAGCUGCAUAAUAAACGGCUGAAUACAGCAGCUUUGGAGCACAGUGUCCUUGUCUCUGAGCCUUAAAUUGCUUCGGAAACACUGUUUGAACUUCCCUGAAAUCUAAUGUGUUUGAAUAUGGAAGAUGCAGCAUUGCUUGUAAGGCUUUUGUCACCUUCGAAAGGCUUUGCGAUUUCUAUGCAAAUUGAUAGUUUUCAUCAGACUGCAAAGUGACAUUUUAUAUUGAAAAGCAAUUCUCCAUCCUCCCAACCCGAAUUCCAAUUAGGAAGAAAAUGAUCUAAUAGAGGAGGCUUUUUUGGUGAUGUAAGAUAUAUCCUCCUGCUCAGGAGGCUAGCUCCAAAUGCAGCGUUUAGUUCACAUGGGUUGCAGGAGCCCCGGUUUAGGCCUCUUGCCGUUAGCCCACUAGAGACUGCCUCGACGCAAUAAGCAAAUUCAGCAUUUCCCGUUUUCCCAUUAUUUAAAAGUAGUGACCCCCUUGCAAACCGAUCACGGCGAGUGUUUGUAAACUUUUUGACACCAAACAGAUGAAAAGAAGCCUCGCAGGCACUGGCGUGUGUCAGUUCGGCUUGUGUGUGGAGGAGGGUGGGGCGCAGUCUGCACCCGAACUGGCUCUGUGUGCGGCCCUGUCUGGGAAGUACUCGAAGAGCAUGCACCUUCUUGAUGUGGACAAUGAUGGGAGAAAAGUGCCUUAGGGGGGUGCCAGCCAGGCAGGUAAUUAGGAGAGGGGCCCCCAGCUCCUGAGGAAUCAUUGCCCCUUUGUUGAGUUAGUGUUCUAGAACGCGGAAUCCUGGUGACGCUGUAUCGCUGUGCUGAUAUCGGUGAGUAGAUCCCAGCUGGACUGAUUGUUGUAUUGUUGAUUAACAUAAUAGUGUACCUUUGUGGGAUUUUUUUUUUUUUUUUUUUGGAUGCCCAUGGACUCUCGUUAACCAGAGCCGAGCACGUUUCCUCUGCAUCGUCUAGGCACAUUUGCGUGGAGUUCUGUGUUCCUUUGAGAGAGUUCGUGGCAUGACAGAGGUCGAGGUUCUUUGUUGUAUUGGCUGUUUGCUGCCCCUGCGACUCUCAGCCGCUUGAAUGAUGAAAAGUGUCAAGACAUUUCUCUGCGUUUCUCAAAACUACAGCAACUUGCCACAUUGGUCAGAUGAUUGUAAAAUUGUCUUCACAGUAGACCUGUUGGCUUCAUGGUAAACGUAAGAACAUGCUGAUGUGUGUAGUUGCUUGGUUUUCUACCGAAGGUAUUUACCGUAUUUUUAAUUGUUUGCUUUUCCACUAAAUUUAACCUCUAAAAUAAGGUUCUGAGCAACUUCCCUGAAAUUGACCUUCAAGUUAUCAUUUAAUGUUAAAAGCUUUCUUGGGAAAAAAACUUAAUGUAUGUGAACCUGUCUCUUUAGAGUUGUGGAUUUUUGUAGUUAAUUUGUUAAGGAAGUCCUCUGUUCCUCUCAGUUAGCCACAGAGUUCGUAACUGACAAGGUGGUCGGUAGAUAAAAACGGUCAGAGGCCCAUGGUUGAGCUUUAGGUUCAUUUAUUGGUUUUUCUCAUGUUCUUUUUUUUGUUUUAAACAUUUUUCUGGAUAUGAUUGUGAAAUGGCCAGAUGAAGGAUCCUUUGGGGAGCCUGUUGAUGGAGUGGUCUCUUGGUUCGUCUUAGUGUUGAGACAAUCGGCUCAGGUUUGUUUUGUUUUGUUUUUUUCCUUUCUUUUUGUGCAAAGAAGCACGUUAGAUGUUUUUGAAUUGUAAGAUUUCAACUGUGGAUGUUUUUGGGCUUCAAACAUUUUAGCAUACCAAUUUUCAUCAAUAAAAAUGCUUUCAAGCGUAAGGUCACAGCUAAGCAUGUAAAGUGGAGCAUUGACCAGGCUUUGCAUUGUAUUGUUCUUAUUAUGUAUUCACUGUGUGGCCAAAAUUUCACUAAUGCCUGAUGGGUAAUUCUUUGCAAAUUAAGUUGCCAAAUGAAAAAUGUUGCCUAGAAUGAACACCAAUAUAAUAUACAUGUUAGUGCAUGGUGUCUUUGUGCCAGAAAAGGCAGAGUUGUAUUGUUUGUUAUUACUUAACUGAAGACACAAUUUCAAAUAGAUUUUCCUCCAUUUUUGCGUAAGAGCAGCAUUAUGCUACAUCCAAAGAGUCAGUCUACGGCAAGUACAGUUAACACACUGCCUUAGUUUAAAUUCCAUAUAUGCAUCAGAGUCCACAGCCAAAACACUGGCACUUCAGAGUUUUCAUUGUUCUUCGAGGUAGAGCUAUAUUAGGCAUUACAGAUGCUGUGCAAGUGUUGAAAUGCUUGAGCAAUACCAAGCAUGCACCAGAAACUGCUGUGUUUCUUUUGCAGCCUUCAGAAAAAUAUCUGCAUGAUUUCUAAUAUCCGAGGUAGAACAAGUUCACCAUCACCGAUAUGUAUAAACCAAUGUGUUUGUUAUCUCAAACAGUGUUGGCUCAAGUCUGAUUGGUCAGCAUGUUAAAACUAUAGCUGGCAUUCCAAGAUAUUUGUACCAGUAAUUUUACUCACAGAUGUUGGCAAGUGAAAACCAACAGCAAGGAAUAUAAAGUGGUGGAGUGGAAGUUUGUAUGUGCCCUCUUGGGUAAUAGACUUCCAUGACAACAACUAAAUAGUUCUCAUUCUUCAGAGCCUGCAAGCUAAAUGCUGGAUAGUGUUAACGUGCUCUUCUCACUUCUACACUGAAAUAAAGAAUGUCACGUGCACAUUGAAUGAGCGUAGUCCAUAGUCAGAUCAAAAGUGCCUUAAUCGGUUCAGCAGCCUCUCACUUUCAGUUGUCUCCGGAUAAACACGACACACCAGUAGAAACGCAAAGGGAUUCAAACUGUCUCAUACCCUCACAAACACUCAGCCUUUCUGAAGUGAAUUUAAGCUGCUGGUUUUGCAAUGUAGUGUAUGCCUUUCUUCACUGUACCCAAGAGCCUGAAUGGGACAGUCACAUUUUCCACAGAUAUUAAAACAAAUUCUAUUUUUUCCCUUGUUGUUCUCUUGUUUUCUAGUGUAAGCAAAUGUUGUUUCAACCUUUGCUCAACCAAGGUGGAGGUCAGGCUUAAAGUAGUGCUGUUAGCCUGGUGUAGCUUUGACCCCCACACGUGCUCAAAUUUAGACACUUGCCAUUGCAUAUGUAGCCACAAAGCCUGCCUUAAUGUUUUAUGCUUUUUAAGUGUACCUUUUCAUGAGUCUUGUUUUUGCCUUUUGUUUUUCUAGUUUCGCAGUUAAAGAUUGAAGAUGUUAAAAUCAAUAAUAAAGAUUUGGAUAUUGUUAAAAUGAC